GCCACUCCCGGGAGCGGGGAAGAUGUCGGACACCAAGGUGAAAGUUGCCGUCAGGGUCCGGCCCAUGAACAAGAGAGAGCUGGACCUGAAUACCAAGUGCAUCGUGGAGAUGGAAGGGAACCAGACUGUGCUUCACCCGCCGCCUUCCAACGCCAAGCAAGGAGAAAGGUAA